AUGGAUGAGAAGCUCCUCUUCUUUGCACAACAGGCACAACGCCGGCGUGGGAAAGCUGGGAGGGCCAAGAAUGUGAUAUUUUCCGAGGAUAGAGGCCGCUAUAUCAAGCCUAUGCUUCCCAAGGGUCCUGUAAAGAGGUUGGCCAUUGACGCUACCCUUAGAGCAGCCGCACCAUAUCAGAAGUUGCGCCGAGAAAAAGAUACUCAAAAGACCAGAAAAGUCUUUGUGGAAAAGACGGACAUGCGAGCUAAAAGAAUGGCUCGAAAAGCAGGAGCCCUGGUUAUAUUUGUCGUUGAUGCAAGUGGAAGUAUGGCACUGAACAGAAUGCAAAAUGCAAAGGGAGCAGCUCUAAAAUUACUCGCCGACAGUUAUACCAGCAGAGAUCAGGUAUGCAUCAUACCCUUCCGUGGGGAUGCAGCAGAGGUUCUCUUGCCUCCAUCAAGGUCGAUUUCCAUGGCAAGAAAACGUCUCGAGAGGCUUCCAUGUGGUGGUGGUUCUCCUCUUGCUCAUGGCCUUACCACGGCCGUUCGAGUUGGAAUGAAUGCCGAGAAAAGUGGUGAUGUUGGGCGUAUAAUGAUUGUUGCAAUAACUGACGGCAGGGCAAAUAUAUCUCUAAAGAGAUCUACAGAUCCUGAAGCUGCGGCUUCUGAUGCCCCUAAACCUUCUGCUCAAGAAUUGAAGGAUGAAAUUCUUGAGGUUGCCGGGAAAAUAUAUAAAGCAGGGAUGUCGCUGCUUGUCAUUGACACUGAAAAUAAGUUCGUCUCAACCGGUUUUGCUAAGGAGAUAGCUCGAGUUGCCCAAGGGAAAUAUUAUUAUCUUCCAAAUGCUUCGGAUGCUGUAAUCUCAUCCACGACUCGGGAAGCAUUGUCGGAUUUGAAGAACUCGUAA